UACGAAGAAGUGGACACACUGUUAGAAAAGAUGGACUACAUAAAAAAGACAUUAUCGGCGUCCAAAGAGGAAAGCGACAAAGAUGGUGAAGGCGGAUAUGAAACUUUUCAAGCUGAUGCUACUGAUAUCGACUCUUUAACAAUCAUAGAUGAAAGCGUACCGAUCAUAUCGGUUACUGAUAAUGAUUUGAGAGAAAUUCAAAUGGAAAGUGCCACAGGGAUACUAACUGGCCAUGCUAAGGUUUCUUUGAUAUUUUUGUCUCGUACAAAGGAGCUCCUCCAAGUGGCUGCUGAACUCGGACGCCGUCAUUUAAACGUAAAGCAAAUGGAAACUGUUGAUGAGGCCAUCCAUUUCUUGCGCGAUUAUGUUGAAGUUCAUCCUGAAUUGAAAAGCCGGGAACUUGAACGCUUAUCUGUGGAAAUUGAUGAUAUCUUCCGCGACGCGGAGUAUAUGAAUUCAAGGCAUUUGUCGCAACAUUCCCUGGAAAAUUUAAGCGCCGAAAAGCUGUCGUCAUUCUCUGAAGAUGUUGGAAAAGUAGUGAGAAAGGCAGAGUUCAUGAAGAAGAAGCUUUUGAUGGAUAAAGAUGAAGGUAAAGGAGAAGAAGAAGGACAAGGAGUUCUCCAAGAUGGAAACCCAAGACUUGAAUCCUAAAAAGGAAGUGUUUACUGAGGGUGAACACAACACUGGAUGAAAGGAUGAAAGUAUGUAUAUUAGCUAUGUAAGAAAUCUGUUUCAAAAUCUG